AUGCCGCGUCCAUCUCCCUUCUUGCCCAGCGAUAUAGUUGCACCACCAGCGACGGCGGCGGAGGCCUCGGCUGCCGCCUCUCCUCCGACCUCCACGUCCUUGUCGACCUCGCAGGGAGCGGUGUUCGGCCGCGCGUGUGGCGAUGCCGACGAGUGCAGCAGUCGGCGAUCCAGCAUCAGCACACCUCUGACCAGCACAUCAGAUGCGCAGCAGUGGAUGAGAGGAAACCCAAUCGUCGCCCCACUGCCAGGCCCGGCGACGGAGCAGCUAAACUUCGCCGAGUCCCACGCCUUUGCCAUCGCGGUGCCGUCGGAGACAAAGGCCGGCAAGUCACGAAACACCCCCUCAACUCUCCACCCACGAGGGCGACGGGGUCACGCGCACGGCGAUGCGGCGGGUGCCUCUACGCCGAGGAAAGCUAUCAGCAUCAACGACGUCAAGAGUAGCAGGAGCACUGGAUGUGGCGGCGGUAGAAGCACACGUCCCGAAGCUCUGCAGGCGCUCAGACAGGUCCCUGGGACGCGGUGCACCGCAUCACUCACGCCUCUGCGCACAACCUCCUCUCCCGCCACGCCGUCCACUGCCGCUGGUGUUUCUGAGUCCAAAGACGCAAACCACCGGCCCGCACGUCGGUCACGAAUCAACAAGAAGGCCGCUGAGGCUGGUGCUCUGCGGAGAGGCCGACGGCUUCCGUGCGCAGCAGCCCCCACGUCUUCCACAGCGGACACAUCAACGCCUGCGCUCUGUCGCAGACAGAACAUGAUCCCUUCCAUGAUGCCGUCCGCGCAUCAUCGACAGCGGCGGCGUCUUUCCUCUCCGGCAUCCUCAGCGCCGUCACUGACAACACAGCAUGCAUCUGCCGUGAACCAGCACGAGGUGAAGACAGGCGCCACGUCUGUGCGCGCUCGGGCGGCGCUAACGACGCCGACGACGACGGCACUGCCGGCCAGCGAGAGGUUGUGCUCACCAGCUGCAGAUCGCCGCGAAGUGGCAGAGGCACAAAGAGGUGGGGCCGGUGGUAUGUCCGAGGUGUUCACCGACAUCGCGUCGGCCGCUGCGGGCGCUGGAGAGAAAGACCUGCAGAGGGCGUGUGUAGAGGGCCGCUCUUCGUCCUCAGCAGAGGAUGAUGACGCCGGCAGAGGAGGCAGUGCGUGCACGCGCAGCCCCGCUGCUUCUGUGAACCCUUCCGGCGCCGCUAUUGCUCCGACGACCCACCAGCUGCGCUUUCUGCACGAGUGCCGCGUCAGCAGUAAUAACGCCUCCACCGCGUCGUCUGCCCCACCGGCGUCGCCGACAUGGCUGCACACGCCUCCGCUGCCCAUGAACUUCAGCAGCCGCUGCCACCACGGCGCGCACCGAUACGUAGAUGAGAACAGAGUCGCCUUGACUCGCGCAGGCGGUGCCAACGACGUGCAAUCACCGUCCUCUCCUUUAACGCCAACCGUAUUCUGCGUCUUCGCUCUCCCACACCACCGACACCACUGUCAAGUGCAGCAAGCAUCAAGCCUGCGCAGCGCGGACGACAGCUCGAUGCCCUGGCGCGAGAGCCGCUGCGACUUCUCCAGGGUCGAGCAGGUGUCGCCCAUCACCGCUGGAGAAAUGCAGGAGCCCUGUGUGACAGAUCACCGCAUCUCGCGGCCACCGGCCUUCCUAGCCACCGUGGCGCGGGCGUCAUCGUCAGCAGCCACCGACCAACUUUCUGCGGAGGGUGUGGACGCGGCGUGGUGGAUCGGCUCUACGAUGGGUACGUCUCCGCCGACACCGCUGCACGCCUCUUUUGACGUCUUCGCGCAGUCGUCGGCUGCGGUGUCGCCGUUGUCGGCGUUUUCGGCCGCGCAAACAGCGCCCCGACCAGCAGCAGCCCCAAGGAGCACGACUGACCGCCCCAUGGUCAGCGUGCGGCCUAGAAACGAAACCUCCACUCAUGGCAAGUCACGGUUCCCGCCAGCGCUAGAGCGGCAAGUGCGAGCGGCAGCAGCGGCACCGAUCGCCAGGUUCGGCGAUGAUGAGUACUGUCUUGGCCCCCAGCCUGAGCACGCGACGCCGCACAUUUCGGCUGCAAAGUUCUCCUCGAUCGACCCACCACGAGCUAGCGACGCGCCGCCAUCGGUGGAGAAGGCACGCGCCGCCAGUGGGCACCCCUCUACUUCGCUUGAGCUGGAAGGGAACGACCGCGCAGUGAUCCGCGCGGCAGCCGUGGCGGCGGAGGCAGAGGGUGGCGCGCCACAGCCUGCAUCGUCAUCGUCGCUGAAACCCCAAAGUGUGAUCCCAAUGAUUGCUGCCGCUGCAGCAGCCUCCGUGUCGCAGCUCAGUCACACGCCGGCGAUCAUGCUUACAACGCCUCUCGUGGGCUUCUCCUCUCGUAGCCCAGCACCUGUCGUGAACUCCUGCGCUAGCCCGAUCCCGCCGCAGUGGCACCCGCACCACCCCAUGCCGCCCCUCCAUCAGCUGAGUGCAGGGUCCACACCCAGUGUCUACGGCGACACAGGCAGCGGAGGCGGUGUUGUUGGCGGCGUUGGCAGCAACAUCACCGCGUCAACGACGCGGUCGCCGUUGCCGGAGAGGCCACGAUUGCGCACGCCUCCGCAUCAGACAGCAUGUAUGCCUGCAACGCGGAUAUCAGGGGAGGGGCACAGAGCAGACAGCUCGAGUCGCAUGAGCAUCAUCGGCGGCGGCGGUGGCGUCCCUCCACCGCAUCAGUCCGUACCCUUCCUCCUGUCCCAUUCCGCAUGGAAGAGUGGAGGCCGCAAGCGACCCAAGUCACCGUCUCCCUCCCGGUCGCCCUCAGCGCAGUGCAGUGGCGGUAUUGAUGGCACUGAAGGUGAUAGCGCCGAGGGAGUCGCUGGGGCCGUGGGGAAGCACCAGCAUCAGCCACCCCCUUGUUGUCUCACCGCUUUCAAAGGACUGGUCUCGGACAGCCACACGCCGGUUGGCUUCGGCUCCGUGACGACCGACAGCGAUGGAGCGACGCCGCAGGCAACGUCCGUGUCGCCACCGCCGCAGCGGCAGCAUCUGAAGAGCCACAGCGGCGACAUUUUCGCCACUACCACCACGGCGGCGCGGCCGCCGAUGACUGCGCUCGGCCCUGUGAUGCGGCCGCGGCCGCGCCAGCGCACCAGCAGCAACGGCAGUGACACGGCCACCAGCACGCCGUCCCCACUUCCCAUGGCGAUAGCAAGCCCGGAUAUGGCCCCAACGCUCGGCACCUUCAGCGCGUCGUCCACCUUCACCGGGUUCGACCCGGCUCCCUCCUGCAUCCUCGCUGCUGGCCCUCGGAGUGCCUCCAUCAGCGGCAAGGUAUACGUGCACUCCCUGACGACCUCUCCACCGCCCCGACAUCGCAGUGUCGGGUCGGCGUCGUCCCUGUCCUCGAUGGGCGCCUUUGCCUUCAACGAUGCCAGCACGGUCCCAGUGAUGCACAAUGGAGUGCUGAGCCGCGUGGUGGCGUAUGUGCCGCUGUCAACUGCCAGCAGCAACCCCAGAAAUCGCAUCGGUGGGCGGGUGGGUGGCGGGGCUGAGAACGGCGCAGACGACGUGGUGCACGGUGACGAGGAUGAGGACUAUCUCGAGGACGGAGGCGCCGGCACCUGCAAGACCCCCCAAGGCGGGAACGGCAGGCGGUGGAGAGUCACCUCCAGUGGCUGCGGUGUUGGUGCGCACUGCUGUGGGAAGCCUGUGCGGCUGAAGCCUGGGACCGCUAUCGAGACCGCCAUUCAACCAGGCCCCUACGCACGCCACCUAUCGUGGGUGCCCUUCUGUGCCGGCGGCGGUGGCGGUGGCGGUGGCGGUGGCGCGAGCGCCGGUUUCAGCCGAGCGGGGGUGACUAAUACCGCCGCAGCAGCAGCGCAGGUGGGCGACGAUCGCCGUUGGUCUGGCAGCGAGGACCUGGUGACAUGGCUGUCGUGUGCAGCGAGCUUUACAGCGUCUUCGACGUCGGCAUCGACAACGUACGCCUCGUCCUCUUUUGGCACCGUUCCCUGCGAUGACGAGCAUGUAAGGCACUGGAGCUCGCAGCAGCACAGCACCAGCGAUAGCGGUGACGACAGCCUUCUCGAUUCAUCGGCAGAAGCCGAGGAGAGCGAGGACGGGCUCGCCGUCUGCACCCUCUACGCUGCGGCACCGCGACACUACCAUUACCGCCGCACAGUGCAUCCGCCUGCAUCAUGCGACGCGGUGCUUCAGAGGCGGCGUGAGAAGCGCCACCACCGCUACGUGCGGGUUCACCAUCCACGACGCCAGCAUCGCUCCCUCUCAAGCUCCCCAGCCACCGGCAGGGAUGCGGUAAAAGGGGCAGAGCAGGCGCAGGCUGAGAGACCUCUCCCAACCUUUACAAUGGAUGUUAACGGCACCGCCGCGCGGCCUAUCCUCCAUGUCGACCCGGCAGCGGAUGAGAACGUGAACGCGGGCGCACACAACGGGCCCUGCCACCGGCCUGUGGUGACAGCGUUACCCGGCACAUUCGUCCCGUACAGCCCCCACCUGUCCACCUCUUCCCUGCUCUACUACGACGAUGUGUGCAGCGAUGACGUGGAUGAUGUCUAUUAUCAGAUAGAGAAGCGUCUGUUCCCGGUCGCCGACGAGGCAGGGCAGAGCCUCUGCAGAGCCUUCCGAUCAUCGCCACCACCGCCGCCACAAACACCCGCCGCUGCCGCAUCAGCAUCCCCGACAGGCGACACCAGGGAGACACCCCACGACGGCUCCGACGAGCCAUCUAUCGACGCGCUCUUCACGGUGCUGAACGUGCCGCUUCGCCUCAACCUGCGCGGUGGCUUUCAUCUCUCCGACUACUACACCCCCUGCCCCGUCUGUCACCCAGCCAUGCGAACGGUGGCAGACGACACGGCCUCAGGCUUGGAUGCAACGGCCAGCAGCUGCAGCUGCAGCUGUUGCUCGUGUCUCUGCUCGUCCGUCUGCUUCCGCUCCACAAAGCGGUCCACCUUGUCCUCUCGAGCUAUGUCGCGGAUGUCGGGUGGCACCUCGCUUGGCUCCACGCAGUGCAUCUUCUGCUCCGACGCCUCCGCCAAGGCCUCGGCCCCUGGGUUUGCCAAGGGACUGCGUCAGAUGACGCCGCCGCCACCACCGCCCGCUCCUGCGGUGUUGGCAGUUCGGCAACCAGGAGUACCAUCAGCAGCCAAGGCGACACAGCCCUACGGUGUCGGCACUGCCACCAGUGUCAGCGACACCUUGAGCUCGCUCCUCCUGCAGCAUGGAGACGUGACAAGAAGGUGCGAUGCGGGGCGGCGAGAGCGAAAAGCAGCGGCAGCGAGGACGGCCGGAAGUCACAGAGCCACCGCUGCAGGUGGACUGGCGCCCUCCACAUUCACCGCACGGUCCGCCCGCCCCUAUGCAAGCGGCGCGACCGACAACCCGCUACUACUGCCAAAGUGGAUGCAGGGGUUUCCCCCAGCCCCUGCAACGCAGAGGCCCACCAAGUCCGCAGCAGUACUAGCACCGGCAACAGGCAAUGAUAUCGAGGACAAGGUGCGCGGCCGCAAGGAUGGCAGCAGAGGGACGCGUGGCAGCGGCGAUCCAGGUCGGCUGCCACCGCCGCUAGUGGUUACUGCAGCACACCGACACUCAUCCUACCGGCGGCAGCGAGUGCGGCACCCGCCCGCAGCCGUCACGGCCCACCGUCGGCAAGCGCGUUAUCGUGGCGGCGGCGUCGGAGAUGGAGCGUUGCGCUCGCAGUACAACCGGUUCAUGCGGCAACGCCUCCUGUGUGUGCGCGUCAACGACAAGAUCACCUACAUCGACCCGAAAGUUGCAACCUGCGCUGCGCGCCUCCUGGUUGGCGCGGCCCUGCUGGCUGAGAAGACGAAGGAGGAGGUGGAGAGGGAACGGCGGCAUCGUGUGGCAGCCGUCGACGGUGACGCUUCUGGUGCCGCCGCAGCAGUCGACGCCAGGGGAGCGCCGACGGAGACUUCUAGCGCUCCGCCAGCGUCGCAGCAGCCGCACCAAACGGCGGCCUAUCGCCGCCACAGUCGCUGCCGAAACGGCCACCGCCACCAAUGUCACCACACUCAUGGCGAGCGCCGCUGCCGCGGUCGGGAUCAGCGGCUGCUGCCUGUGGAGCGUCAGCAACAGUCGUCGACGUUCUCCCAUACUGAGGCUGCCCCAGGUGCGCGAGGCAGCAACAAGCGGGUCGUCCCCGCUGACGACGGCGGUUAA